UUCGCCGAGUUGUCACCAAGUGCUUUGUCCACUUCUGUGCUCUGAUCUGUUCCAGCAAUUAGCAAAGUAUUUCCAAUUUUCUGAUUUGGGGAAACAAAAAAUUCCUUUGUGUGCAGGAUAUACCCAAGAAAAAAAAAAAAAGCAACAACAAAAACAGUAUACACAUUAUUGAAAAUUUUGAAUGGUUUUAGUAUUUCCUGUGUGAUCUUCAAACAAAUUCACAACAAAAUUGCAUUGAAAUUUGCGAAAAAAAGCAAAGGAUUCUGAUUGGCAAACCCUAAUUUCAGAUUGUAACCAAAAAAAAACUAUUAAACGCGGAUUCGCGAAUUUCGAUUAAAAAAAUUAUAUAAAACAACUUAUUACAAAAUGAGGGAAAUCGUGCACUUGCAGGCCGGUCAAUGUGGCAAUCAAAUCGGUGCUAAGUUUUGGGAGAUCAUCUCAGAGGAGCACGGAAUCGACAGCAAUGGUAUUUAUAUUGGCGACAGUGAUCUACAAUUGGAGCGUGUCAGUGUUUACUACAAUGAAGCUUCUGCGGUGACGCGUUCCUCUGGUGGAAAAUAUGUGCCUCGUGCCAUUCUUCUUGAUCUCGAGCCCGGUACCAUGGAGUCGGUGCGUUCUGGUCCGUACGGACAGCUUUUCCGCCCUGACAACUUCGUAUUUGGUCAGUCGGGAGCUGGUAAUAAUUGGGCUAAGGGCCAUUAUACCGAAGGUGCCGAAUUGGUGGACAAUGUUCUGGAUGUGGUGCGUAAGGAGUGCGAGAACUGCGACUGCUUGCAGGGCUUUCAAUUGACGCACUCGCUGGGUGGUGGCACGGGCUCUGGCAUGGGCACGUUGCUUAUCUCAAAGAUACGCGAAGAGUAUCCUGAUCGCAUAAUGAACACCUACUCUGUGGUGCCUUCGCCAAAGGUUUCCGACACAGUCGUCGAGCCAUAUAAUGCGACUCUCUCGAUCCAUCAAUUGGUGGAAAACACUGAUGAGACGUAUUGCAUUGACAACGAGGCUCUAUACGAUAUUUGUUUCCGUACUUUGAAAGUAUCCAAUCCCAGUUACGGUGACUUGAAUCAUCUCGUAUCGCUUACCAUGUCCGGUGUCACCACUUGCCUGCGCUUUCCUGGUCAACUAAAUGCCGAUCUACGUAAACUGGCCGUCAACAUGGUACCCUUCCCCCGCCUCCACUUCUUUAUGCCUGGUUUUGCGCCACUAACAUCGCGUGGCUCUCAACAAUACCGCGCUCUGACUGUACCCGAGUUAACGCAACAAAUGUUUGACGCUAAGAACAUGAUGGCUGCCUGCGAUCCCCGACAUGGCCGUUACUUGACCGUCGCUGCCGUUUUUCGUGGCCGUAUGUCGAUGAAGGAGGUGGACGAACAAAUGUUAGCUGUGCAGAAUAAGAACAGCUCAUACUUCGUGGAAUGGAUACCGAAUAAUGUGAAGACAGCGGUAUGUGACAUCCCACCUAAAGGAUUAAAGAUGUCCUCGACUUUCAUUGGCAAUACCACCGCCAUUCAAGAACUAUUCAAACGUAUUUCGGAACAAUUCUCGGCGAUGUUUAGACGCAAGGCCUUCUUGCAUUGGUACACUGGCGAGGGCAUGGAUGAGAUGGAGUUCACCGAGGCGGAGAGCAAUAUGAACGAUCUGGUGUCGGAAUAUCAGCAAUAUCAGGAGGCUACCGCAGACGAUGAAUUCGAUCAGGAGGUGAAUCAAGAGGAGGUGGAGGGCGAUUGUAUUUAAUGUAGAGACCAGAGGAAUGGGGAGCGUGCGUGGUGCGGUGGGAAGGAGAAGAACAACAAAUUUUGCGUUAGGAGAACGUUUGUGGCUAUCGGGUAUGCGUUUUGAUUGGAGGGAGAGGUACGACAGCUGUGGCAUACUUUAGCGCACCUACGCAUAGCAACAACAACCCGACUGUACUGCUUUCCGCCGUAUUCAUGUUCAUAGCUGGAAGCGAGACAUUUACAAGACAAAAAGCAAAACAACAAAAAAAAUUAAAUUUAAUUUAGUAUUUCGCACGUAAAAAGAAAUGUUCCAUUCUUAAUCGAGUUUAUUGUAUAACGCGUAUGUAGUUGAAAAUAUCGGCACACACAUACUCAGGCAUGCACACAAAUUCAUAUAUUCAAGCAUACAUUCAUACGAGUCAUAUUCACACACCUGUGUGUGUGUUUAUAGUCAAAAGUUACAAAUCGUAUUCGAACACAUUUUUUAUACACUUUAAGGGCACGUCUAUCGCAUUUCUCUGCUAGUUCUAUUGAAACUUUUUAUGAAAACAUUAAAAAGAACUUGUCAUUACUUUUCAUAAACUCACAUCUUUCAACCUAAAACACUAUUCAUUUUUGAUAAUAGUUUAACGUUACACUCAUACAUAUCAUUAAAUUCUCCAUAAUUGUCAUCCAUAAAAACUUUCCACUAUUUUCACUUUCUCUUCGCAUUUUCAUUCAAUUUGAACAUCGAUUUUAGUAGUUUUAACAUUUGAUAUUUUCAUAAAUAAAGCCUUAAUAAAAACUUCCUUAGAUUUAGCAUCUUAAGUAUUAACUGAAUUUUAAUACGAAUAGUUUGAUAUUUAUUUGUGACAUCUAACACUAAAUUUAUCAUUCAGUUCGUUUCAGAGAGUCACCCCAGUUUUUCUAUAAAUUGCGUAAAGGCGAGUUUUCAUGCAGUUCUACGAGCUGGUCAAAUCGAAACGAAUUGUUGUUGCUUUCAAUACAGAUAUGAUAAAAGUGUAAGGUGGAAUGAUUUAGCUGUCUACGCCGACACGGCGUCUACGUCUACUGAAUUAAAUCAGACAUGCUUCACAUGUUCAAAGAUUAUUUAAACUUCUGCAUAAACUGCCAAGCAUCACUGAACGGCUAUGCAAACUCGCCUUAACCAAUGUAAAAACUUCACCAGCAAAUUUAAUUUUACGUGUCUCUUUAUAAAAUAUUUAAAAUUAAGUUAUUGUGGCAAUAUCUGUACCCAGAGGUAUGAAACGAAUAUUUUGGCUAAAUUUUAUGAAGUGGAAAAAUCAAAGAAAAUUCAGAAAAGAAAAAACUAUAUCAGGAAUUAAUUUCAUAAAUAAUAAUUUCACAUGGUAUUUUGAUUAAUAUAUAAGAAUUUUCUUAUUUUUAAUAAAACUGUGUCUUAUUUUUACUGUUCGUAAUAAAAUCAAAAUUUUAAAUUUGUUAUUU